AUGGGUGCUCGGGAAUGGACACAAGCUCAGGAACCUCCCCUGAAAGUAACGAAGAACACUCAGAUCCAAGGAAGACCUGAUUCGAUUCCGACCGGAACAGUCGCGUGCAAUACUGAUGCGGCCUGGAGGAAGGAAUCUUCUGAUGCAGGUCUCGCUUGGAUCUUCGACUCUUCUACGGCGCUGAUCAUCUCAGAUGGAUGCAAAUUCCAACCCCGAGUUUCAUCGGUUCUUAUGGCUGAAGGGUUGGCGGUGAGGGAAGCUUUUUCCCACGCCCUACACAUCGGCAUCUCCAAAAUCUGGCUUCGAUCAGAUUCUCUAUCGCUGAUCAAGGCGAUAAAUUCGGUUUCCAAGCCGAUGAACCUCUACGGAGUUCUGUCGGACAUCGAAUGUCUCUCUGCGUCUUUUGAAUUCUGUUGUUUUUCCUUUGUCCCUAGAGAAGAAAAUGGGACUGCGGACAAUCUGUCCAAAGCCUGCUUGUAUCACGCUGCUACCACUUAG